AUGGAAAAUUUUUGGAGCAUGAUUUGUGGUGAUUCUGUUGGUUCAAAGACUAUGGGAAAGCUUUCGUGUUACGAUUUCAAGUUUCUGAAAGAUCCUUCGUUAUGCAUCAACCAUUUAUUGAUAAUUUCCUUUGAUGCGUUACUCUUGAUCAUGUUAUCUUUCGCUGUGAUCCACAGGUCUUUCUCAAGACCAUGUCAGGGUCUAAUCCAAGUGGGAAGAUAUUCAAAAUUGCAACUAUGUUCUGCCAUAACCAGUGGCUCUCUUGGGUUGUUGAAUUUGUGUUUAGGCAUUUGGUUUUUGGAGGAGAAGUUAAGGAAAAACAAUACUACAUUUCCCCUUCACUGGUGGGUGCUAGAACUUUUUCAGGGAUUCACAUGGUUGUUUGUGGGAUUAACUGUAAGUCUCAAGCUGAAGCAACUUUCAAGAGUAUGGUUAUGGUUGUUCUCUAUAUUGACAUUCUUUGUUUAUGGUAUUGUCUGUCUUUUAUCCAUGUCUUACUUAAUUACCAGCACAGAACUAUCCUUCAAGAUCGUUUUAGAUGUUUUAUCUCUUCUUGGAGUCUUUCUACUACUUUCAUGCACAUAUAGUGUAUGUAAAAUUGAAGACACUAACAGAGAAACUAGAGAAGGCCUUUAUACCCCUAUAAGCGACCAGUUCAAUGGAGUUGAUCCUACUAAUAGGUAUGUAACCCCAUUUGCAAAAGCUGGAUUCUGUAGUAGGAUGUUGUUUUGGUGGUUGAGUCCACUCAUGAAAAAGGGUCAAGAGAAAACCCUUGAGAAUGAGGAUAUCCCAAAGUUGGGAGAGUUAGAUCGAGCAGAAAGUUGUUAUCUAUUGUUUGAAGAACACUUGAACAAACAGAAAGAAAAAGAUCCAUCGUCACCUGUGUCAAUUUUGCGGACAAUAAUUUUGUGCCAUCAAAAAGAGAUUUUGAUAUCAGGAUUCUUUGCAUUGCUUAAGGUGGUGACUGUGUCUUCUGGUCCUGUACUUCUAAAUGCCUUUAUACGGGUAGCUGAAGGUAAUGAAAGUUUCAAGUAUGAGGGCUAUGUAUUGGUCAUAUCACUUUUCAUUAUAAAGGUCAUAGAGUCCCUAUCACAAAGGCAGUGGUACUUCCGCAGUAGACUUAUUGGGAUGAAAGUUAGGUCAUUGCUUACUGCAGCCAUUUAUAAAAAACUGUUGAGGUUGUCCAAUGUUGCGAGAUUGACACACUCUGGUGGUGAAAUAAUGAAUUAUGUGACUGUGGAUGCUUAUAGAAUUGGAGAAUUUCCAUUUUGGUUUCACCAAACAUGGACUACAAGUGUCCAACUAUGUAUUGCAUUAGUGAUACUUUUUCGUGCCAUUGGGAUGGCCACUAUUGCCUCAUUGGUGGUGAUAGUUCUUACUGUGUUGUGCAAUACUCCAAUAGCUAAAUUACAACACAAGUUUCAGACCGAACUUAUGGUGUCACAAGAUGAGAGAUUGAAGGCUAUUUCUGAAGCUCUUUUGAACAUGAAAGUUCUAAAACUAUAUGCAUGGGAAAACCAUUUUAAAAAUGCUAUAGAGAAGUUAAGAAAAGUGGAACUCAAAUUGUUAGCUGCAGUGCAACUACGAAAGGCAUACAACGUAAUUAUCUUUUGGUGUUCGCCUGUUUUGGUUUCUGCUGCUUCCUUUGGGGUGUGUUACUUCCUUAAAGUUCCAUUGCAUGCAAAUAAUGUUUUCACAUUUGUAGCAGCUCUACGGAUUGUGCAAGAGCCAAUUACAACCAUCCCAGAUGUUAUCGGGGUGGUCAUUCAGGCUAAGGUUGCUUUCGCUCGAAUUAUUAAGUUCCUUGAGGCACAAGAACUACAAAGUAACAGUUUUAGAAAAGAGAGCUCUGUUAACAGUCUUAAUGACUCAAUUUUAAUCAAACAUGCCGAUUUUUCGUGGGAAGAUAAUGUAUCAAAGCCAACAUUGAGGAACAUAAAUCUGGAGAUUAAACAUGGGCAAAAGGUGGCUAUUUGUGGAGAAGUUGGCUCAGGCAAAUCAACCCUCUUAUCACUGAUUCUUGGAGAGGUUCCGAUCACAAAAGGAACUAUAGACGUUUAUGGGAAAUUUGCUUAUGUUUCUCAAACAGCAUGGAUACAAACAGGUACUGUAAGGGAAAACAUUUUGUUUGGAUCGGAAUUAGAAGCUGAAAGAUAUCAAGAAACACUUCAUAGAUCUUCACUAGUGAAGGACCUGGAGUUGUUUCCCAAUGGUGACCUAACAGAAAUAGGUGAGAGAGGAGUUACCUUAAGUGGAGGUCAGAAGCAGCGAAUUCAACUUGCACGUGCUUUUUAUCAGAAUGCUGAUAUAUAUCUUUUGGAUGAUCCAUUCAGUGCUGUUGAUGCCCAUACUGCCACAAAUUUGUUUAAUGAUUAUAUCAUGGAAGGACUUAAAGAGAAAACGGUAUUAGUAGUAACCCAUCAAGUUGACUUCCUCUCAGCCUUUGAUUAUGUUUUGUUAAUUUCGAAGGGAGAAAUCCUUGAAGUUGCUCCUUAUCAUCAUCUAUUGAGCUCAAGCAAAGAAUUCCAGAACCUUGUCAAUGCUCACAAGAAGACGGCUGGUUCUAACAAGCUUGUGAAUGUUACUUUUUCCAAGAGACAUCCAACUUCUGUUAGAGAGAUUAGACAAGCUUUCAUGAUAAACCAAUUCAACAUAGCACAUAGUAAAUUGAUAAAGCAGGAAGAGAGAGAGAUAGGAGAUACUGGGUUGAAGCCUUACUUACAAUAUUUGAAUCAAAUGAAGUGCUAUAUACUCUUCUCUGUUGCUGCUCUUUGUCACAUUACAUUUUCAAUUUUCCAAAUAUUGCAAAACUCAUGGAUGGCUACUAAUGUUGAUAAUCAUCAUGUCAGCACUUUGCUGUUGAUUGUAGUUUACUUCUUGCUUGGAGUUAUUUCAAUACUUUUCAUGUUCAUCAGAAGUCUAAGUCUUGUUUCUUUGGGGUUUCUAUCCUCAAAGUAUCUUUUUUUACAAUUAAUGAACUCACUUUUUCGUGCACCAAUGUCAUUUUAUGACUCUACACCAUUAGGAAGGAUACUUAGUAGGGUCUCAUCAGAUCUAAGCAUUGUGGAUCUUGAUAUUCCAUUUAGCCUCACCUUUACUGUGGGAGCAACAAUAAAUGCUUAUUCAACUCUGACAGUUUUAGCAGUUGUCACUUGGCCAGUCUUGGUUAUCUCAAUACCAUUAGUUUAUGUUGCAAUUCGCUUGCAGAGAUAUUACUUUGCCUCUGCUAAAGAAGUAAUGCGGAUGAAUGGCACAACAAAAUCCUCUGUGGCUAAUCAUAUUGCUGAAACUGUUGCUGGAGUUGUAACAAUAAGGGCUUUUGAGGAGGAAUAUCGUUACUUUGUAAAGAAUCUUGAUUUGAUUGACAUCAAUGCCAGUUCUUUCUUCCAUAGUUUUGCCUCAAAUGAGUGGUUGAUCCUACGUUUAGAAACUGUAGCUGCAGUUGUUCUUUCCUUCUCAGCACUUUGCAUGGUCUUGUUUCCACCUGGGACUUUUACAUCUGGAUUUAUUGGCAUGGCUCUCUCUUAUGGCCUUACCCUAAGCUCUUCCUUAGUACUUUCAAUCCAAAGUCAAUGCAGCCUUGCAAAUUACAUAAUAUCUGUAGAGAGGUUAAAUCAGUACAUGCAUAUACAAAGUGAGGCUGAAGAAAUAAUAGAAACAAAACGCCCUCCUUUUAAUUGGCCAGAUGAAGGUGAAAUAGAAGUAAAAGACUUGCAGGUACGAUACAGGCCUGAUGGACCACUUAUACUCCAUGGAAUCACAUGCACAUUCAAAGCAGGACACAAGGUUGGAAUUGUUGGAAGAACAGGCAGUGGAAAAUCCACUCUUAUUGCUUCUUUAUUUCGUCUUGUGGAGGCAGCAGGUGGAAAAAUUGUAGUUGAUGGCAUAGACAUAUCUUGUAUUGGCCUUCAUGAUUUGAGGUCACGUUUUGGUGUUAUACCUCAGGAUCCUACCCUUUUUAAUGGAACUGUUAGAUACAAUUUGGACCCUUUGUUUCAACACUCUGAUAAAGAGAUAUGGGAGGUUCUUGGGAAGUGUCAGUUGCGAGAAGUUGUCCAAGAGAAAGAAGAGGGCUUAAACUCCUCAGUUGUUGAAGAUGGAUCAAACUGGAGCAUGGGACAGAGGCAGCUAUUUUGUUUGGGGCGUGCUAUUUUGAGUAGUAGUAAGAUAUUGGUGCUAGAUGAAGCUACAGCAUCAAUUGAUAAUGCAACUGAUUUGAUUCUGCAGAAAACCAUUAGGACUGAAUUUGCUGAUUGUACAGUUAUAACAGUAGCACACAGAAUACCAACUGUGAUGGAUUGCACUAUGGUUCUUUCAAUCAGUGAUGGAAUAUUGGUAGAGUAUGCUGAACCAAAUACCUUGAUGAAGAGAGAAGGGUCAUUGUUCAGACAACUUGUCCAAGAAUAUUGGUCUCAUUUUCACUCUUCAGAAUCCCAUUGA